GCCAGCCAACGGAAUUAAUUAAGCGAGCACUCUAAUGGAAAGCCGAUGAAAGUUCCUCGCCACGGCGAUCGGGUGGGCCGCAGAGAAAAGUUUCUUUCGCGGCCGACGAUCGGACGCGUAUGCGAGGAUCUGCGAAAGAAGCCGAGACAUCCCAAAGCCAUGUCUCUCUACAGUCGUCCGAAAGGGGCACCUCUUCUGCACGCUCGACGGCGGCGGCGAAAAAGGGAGAGUGAGAUACGACGGUGGGGCCCGCUCGACGGUGGGGCCAGUACCACGUGACCGACCGGUUAUAUAUAAAGGUGCAACGAGCCGGCACAACGCCGACAGACACACAGAGUUCUUCUCUCGCAGUCUGCGGGACAUCCGAAAGCACACGAGUCGAUUCGAUCAGCGAGCCUCGCCUAUACUACUAAUAACAGUGAACUUGUCGGAAAAGUGCGCCGUUAUCGUCGUUAACACACACCGACGACCCGAGACCGACGCUCAGAUUCAAGCCUCCAGCAACCGACUGACUUCAAGAUGAGGACCUUCUUCGCGAUAGCAGCCAUCCUCGUCGCCGGCGCCAGCGCGCAGGAGUCGUUCAAGUGCCCGGACGACUACGGCUUCUACCCUCACCACCUGUCGUGCGACAAGUACUGGAAGUGCGACAACAACGUCGCCGAGCUGAAGACCUGCGGCAACGGACUGGCCUUCGACGCGAGCGACAGCAAGUUCCUCACCGAGAACUGCGACUACCUGCACAACGUCGACUGCGGUGAGCGCAGCCAGCUCGAGCCGCCGAUCAGCACGCCCCACUGCGCCCGCCUCUACGGCAUCUUCGCCGACGAGAAGAAGUGCGACGUCUUCUGGAACUGCUGGAACGGAGAGGCCUCCAGGUACCAGUGCAGCCCCGGACUCGCCUACGACAGGGAGGCCCGCGUCUGCAUGUGGGCCGACCAGGUGCCCGAGUGCAGGGUCGAGGAGGUAGCCAACGGAUUCGCCUGCCCCGCGGCCGGUGAGGUGGCCGGAGCCUCCGGAAGCUUCUCGCGACACGCCCACCCCGAGGACUGCAGAAAGUAUUACAUCUGCAUCGAGGGAACCGCCCGGGAGUACGGCUGCCCCAUCGGCACCGUCUUCAAGAUCGGUGACGCCGACGGCAGCGGCGCCUGCGAGGACCCCGAGGACGUUCCCGGAUGCGAGGACUACUACGGCGACCUGGACCUGAAGAGCAUCAGGAAGAGCGAGCUGCUCGCCGGAAUCCAGGGCUCCGGAGAGACGAGGAACGUCGCCGGCAAGCCCGGCAAGCCCAGGCCAUCGACGGCCCAGACCGCCCGACCCUCCCAGGAAUAAGCCGCGAGAGCUAAUUCGUCAACCAACUGAUGACUCCUACACACCGACACGCUAUGCAUUAUAAUUUACGACCACAUCUCGAGAGGACCGAUCGCGAGGCUGUCAAUCUCGCCGUCGCCUCGGGCACCGCUUAGAUACGUACACGCACACACUGUGCGUAUAUAACGAGAUCACCGCGGAGUUUAUCUCUUGAUGAUAACACACACACACACACACACACACACACACGCGCGCGCGCGAGAGAGAGACCAGGGUAUCUAGUCUCGUCGACGCCCACGGCGAUCCCCUUCCCCUCUAUUCUCUUUUUUUCAUUCUCUCUCUACCUUCUAUCCUCUCUCUCUUCUCUCUCCUCCCUUUGCACUAUCUCCAUACGUGCUCUCUCUCUCUCUCUCUCUCUCUCUCUCUCUCUCUCUCUCUCUCUCUCUCUCUCUCUCUCCUACUCUCUGCAGCUGAUCUUCCGCGUACACGUACUUUCGCGUGCGACCCAAUAUCAUCGCAUCUACCUACGACUGCGCUCCGAGGAGGCGAACCUCCGAUGCCGGGGUUCUCCUGCUUCGAGCACCAGUCGGACCUUUCCUCUUUCUUUUUCUCCUUCUUCUUCUUCUUCUUUUUAUUUACAUAUAUACUUGCAUUUGCGCCGAUGUACCUAUAUAUUCCUAUCUUACCGCUGAGAGAUAAUCGGAGCUACGUCGUCCGAAAGUACGUUCGAAGGCUGAGACUUUGUAUUUUGUAUGUUUCUAUUAUUACGUUUUUUUUUUUUAAUUUUUUUGUAACGAUUUGUAAAUUGUUGACGAUUCGCGUAUGAUGCGAAAAGAGGAAAAAAUUUUUUAGUUUCGAGGCGCCCAUUCGGACUGUGCGAAAUUCAUGCGAGCCGAUGCGUACUUUUGUAGAAAAUAUGAUGAGAAAAAUUAUCCGAGAUCGAGAGAUUAUUUACCGACUUGAGAUAUAUAAUUAUAAAUACACUUGUACCCACGCACUACACGUUUUGUAUGCGAGUGUACAGCGUUAAGAUCUACUCAAUUAUAUAUGUAUUCCGUUGAUGGGAGAGGCUUUAAUUGUUGUCAAAGUGCGCAAGAAUCAAAAGACGUUUUGUUGUUAUUACAGUAGACGAAGGAUGAAAAAAAAAACGACUGCUCGUCGUGACAAUGAUGAUGAUGAAAAAUAAAUUUGUUACGAAAAAUAGGAGUUUCUCUAUAUGAUACACGCACACAUACGUAUCCGUUUGGCAUUUCACGAAAGCGUCGAACUCUCGACUCGAGACACUACACACUCGAGAUCGACUUUCUUCGUUUUCUCGCAUGAACGCACUCUAAUUAAAGCUUGCGAACACCACAACCUCGUCUCGUCUUCUCUUCUUGAAAAACCUAAAGACAACAACAACAAAAAAUGCUAAUAAAAAUCUUCAAAAAUUA